AUGGUUAAAACUAACGGUUCAAGAAUAGUGAAUGGCAAUGAUCGUGCUAAUGAUCAUAUGAUCACAUUGAAUAUACAUAUUCCACAUGAUAAUGUAAUUCAUUCAAUGCAAUUCGACGUUCAAAUGUUAAUUAGCGAUAUAUGCCAUAAUAUUCAACAACAUUUAUUAAUAACAAUUGAUCAUGAAUUAUCAGAAUAUGGCCUUUUCAUUAACGAUACGCAACAUACAUUGAGAAGUUAUUGGCUUGAUCCAUCAAAAACUCUGAUUUAUUAUGCUUUGAAAAAUGGAGAUCAUGUCGAGUACAAAAAUCGAUACCGUCCACUUAAAAUUCGUUUACUUGAUGGAACUGUUAAAACAAUUCUUAUUGAUGAUUCAUUAAUUGUUGCUCAAUUAAUGGUUUAUAUAUGUACGAAAUUUGGUAUUGCAAAUUACGAUGAAUAUUCAUUGGUUUAUGAUAUUGAUAUGGACAACAAUACCAAUGCUUCAAAAACGGCAACUCUUCUUCGAGAUCGAUCAUUACAACGUACUGAUAAGAAAAUGGAAGAAUUAAGGAAAAAGUGUCAUACAGAUGAUGAUACUCUAUGGCUUGAUCAAUCAAAAACUAUUCGUCAACAGAAUAUCGAUGAACAAUCUACUGUUACUCUACGGCGAAAAUAUUUUUUUUCUGACACUAAUAUAGAUCAACGUGAUCCUGUACAACUUAAUUUACUUUAUGUUCAAUGUCGAAAUGGAAUUAUCGAUGGAACACAUCCAGUAACUUACGACGAAGCGAUUCAAUUCUCUGGUUUACAAUGUCAAAUACAAUUUGGUGAUCAUGAUGAAUCGAAACAUAAGCCAGGAAUAAUUGAUAUACGAGAUUUUCUACCAAAAGAAUAUUCAAAGACAAAAAAUGUCGAAAAAAGAAUCUUUCUAGAACAUAAAAAGCACAAGAGCCUAUCUGCACUUGACGGUAAAGUAAAAUAUACACAACUAUGUCGUGCAUUACGAACAUAUGGUGUCACAUUUUUUCUUGUCAAAGAAAAAAUGUCUGGUAAAAAUAAACUUGUACCACGUCUUUUGGGUGUUACCAAAGAGUCAGUUGUUCGUGUUGAUGAACGAACCAAAGAUUUUAUUCAAGUAUGGCCAUUGACGCAUGUCAAACGAUGGACAGCAUCGCCAAAUACAUUUACACUUGAUUUUGGUGAUUAUGCAAGUGCUUACUACUCAGUGCAAACGCACGAAGGCCAACAAAUAUCACAACUCAUCGCUGGUUAUAUUGAUAUUAUAUUAAAAAAGAGAAAAGAUCGAGAUGAUAAUACAAUGGGAGAUCAUAUUCCCGAUGAAGAAGCUACGAUAAUUGAAGAUAUUAUUGCACCGGGAAAAGCAACAAUUAUUCAACCGAAUCGUCCACCAGUUGAUUAUGUACGCCAACAAAAUGUUUAUUCACCGCCAUUGAUUCGUGGCACAUUUUCUGAAAAUGCAAAUCAUGCUGAUCAUCAUCAAAAAGGAGAAUACUUUACAUCAAAAAUUCAUGAACAACCAAAAUCAUUAUCGGAUAUUCAUCAUAGUAAUGGCUGCACUACUCUUUUUUCGGCAAUUGAAAAUGCUAGAAAUACAACCAAUACAAUACAAUCACAUUUAUCACAUGAAUUAACAAUGGAAUAUACACAACAAAGUCAGCCAGUAUCUUCUAUAAUGGAUCAUCAACGUCAACAUCAAUAUUCAAUCGAAAAUCGUCUUGACGCAAGCCGUCAAUUGUUAACCAGUACAUUAUCGACAAUAAAUGCUUCAACAGCGCACAUUAUUAUUUUAACAUCUGAUGUAAAUACUAAUCAUCAUCGAAAUUUCGAUUACAAUAAUUCUCUUAGUUCAACUAUAGUAACAAUAACAAAUAAUUUAAAUGAAUUUUCUAAAGGAAUCAAUGUUUAUAUCAAUUUAAUUGAUGAUAAAACAAAUUUACUUGAUCAAUCUCGUCGUUUAUGUAUAACAUUUAAUGAUUUAUUAAUUUGUAUUAAAACAUUAAUAGAAAGUAAUUAUGAUUCAGCAACAAGACAAAAUGUUCUUUUAACUGCAAGUCGUCUUGGUGAAAUCAAUCAAGAUCUUAUUCGACGUAUAACAAAUGAUUUUGAUUGUUCCAUUGACUAUCAAGAUAAAUUAUUAUCAUUGUCGAAAUCAGUCGCUAAUACAACAGCAUUAUAUGUACUCAAAGCAAAAGACAUUGCAACUAAUGUACAAGAACAACAAGUUGUCAAUGAAAUUAUUUCAACAGCAACACAAUGUGCAUUAGCUACAUCACAAUUAGUUGCUUGUACGAAAGUUGUUGCUGCAACCAUAUCAAGUCCUCUAUGUCAAGAACAAUUAAUUGAAUCAGCUCGUAAUGUAACACGUUCGAUCGAAGCUGUACUGCAAUCUUGUUUACCGCCAACUAUUAUUGAAUCAUCCUAUUGUGAAUUAAACGAAGGUGGUAAAACAGUUCGUAGAACUCUUGGCGAAUUUCUACUUCACAUUAAACUAGUAACUGAUAGUACCGAAGCUAGAUCUGAGAGAACAUUUUCUCCUAUGAUAAAUAAUCAAUCAAAAUUAUUUUCACAUCGAAUGAUAGCACACGAUGAAAUCGAAGAACUCGACGAAGAAAACCAAGAUACACAACACGAUGAAUCGAUUGAUCAAAUAUUAAUUGCAAGUGAUCAAUUAUUUUCGUCCGUUGGUGACACAGCUGAAAUGGUUAAACAAGCAAAAAUUCUCGCACAAGCAACUGCUCAACUUGUUUCAUCAUUACGACAACAAGCUGAAUCCGUUGAUGAUGAUACAAAUCAACAACAGCGAUUUCUAUCAGCUGCUAAAAUGCUUGCGGAUGCAACAGCAAAAAUGGUUGAAUCGGCUAAAAUUUGUGCAACAAAACCGCAUGAUGCACAACUUCAAUAUCAGCUGAAAAAAUCUGUUGAAGAACUUCGUUUAGCAACAAAUAUGGCAACGAGUGAUCAUAUUAAACGAAAAGUACUAAAACGUGUUGAACAAUGUGCGAAACACUGUGCUUCAUAUGCAACACAAUGCAUAGCUGCGACAUCAGCGUCAGCUGUGACACAUAAACAUCAUCAAUCACAUCAAGAUCUUGUUCAACAAUGUAAAGUUAUUGCUGAUCUUAUACCGCACAUUGUUCAAAGUAUUCGUGCGUGUAUGAUAAAGCCAGAUGCAUAUGCAUGUCAAAAUAAUCUAUUAAAUACAUGCGAAGAUUUUCUUGGACCAGCAACACAUUUAACGAAUCUCAUUAAUGCUAUUCUGCCAAGUAUACAAGAUCAAUCUCAAAUACUUCAACUAACGAAUAGUUCGAAACAAUUAUCUCACGGUUUAAAUGAUCUCAGGCCUUGUCUCAAUCGAGCACAAGAAUUGUGUUAUUCAACACCACUCGAUACUGAAGCAAUUGUUGAAUCGAUUGAACUACUCGAUCGACAAUUGAAUGAUACAAAACAACAAGUCAAUGAUGGGAAUAUUGAUAUUUAUAAUGCACAAUUUAAUGCCAUUUGUAAACAUAUGAAUACAACCAUAUCGCAACUAAUCAAUGCUGUUAAUCAAAACGAUGAAAAAGCACUUGAAAAUUACAUUCAUGAUGUUCUUCAAGCUCUUCGUAAAUUAAUCGUUUGUACACGUCAUAUAAUAGCAGCAUCUAAUGAUCUUCAAAUUCAAAAAUAUAUUAUUGAACGUUUACAUGAUGUUCUUCAACAUUUUACUCAUUUCCUAUGUGAAGCUAAAAAAUCGAUUCGAACAGUCAAUGAACAAAACAAUCUUUCUCAUGUAGCUCAUGAUCUAUUCUCAGCAUUAAAUUCUUGUACAUUGAAAAUUACAUCUCAACGUUAUCUCAAUGAAGCUAUUAAACAAAUGUCUGAAUAUAUUUAUACAUUGGCUGGUCCUUUCGAUCGAAAACUCCCACCUGCACCAAUCGAUUCCGAUGAAAUAAAUCGUUCGGCAGCUAUGUUCAAUCAAGCAACACAUGAUCUAGUUAUAAGUACACAUGCAGGUGGCACACAAGAUUUAGCUCAAACAUCAGCUCAUUUCAGUCGAGCAUUCGGAGAAUUUAUUGACAAUGGCAUUGAUUAUGUUAAUCAUCAACAAGAAGAUGAAAAACGUUCGCGUUUAAUAAUAUCAUUAAAAAAUGUUCAUACAUCGUCAAAUCAAUUAUUAGAACGUGCAAAAUCGAUGUCCGUUGAACCGAUUACAAAAGAAAAUAAUAUAAAAUCUCAAUUAGCUGAUGCAGCAAGAGCCGUUACUGAAACUAUAAAUGAUGUCAUAACAGCAUGUUUAGUGACAAAAUCAACAGUAGCUAUGGAACAUAUUGAAUGCGAUAAUGCUAUACGAGAAAUGGAGACAUCGAAAAUUCUAUUGCAGCAAUCAGUUUCACAGCCGUGCACUAAUUAUACAUAUUUCGAAGCAUUAGAUAAUGUUGUAGAAAAUUCUAAACGUUUAGGAGAGGCUAUGACACAUAUUGCUAGUGCUUCAAAAAAUACAAAUCAUCAAUUAUUUGUACAGGCUGUUCAUGAGGCAUCGAAAGCUGUUUAUGGUUUAGUUGAAUCAUCGGCUCAAGCAAGUUAUCUUAUCGGUAUUUCAGAAAUAACAUCAACGAAAGGAACUGAUUCUAUUGUUGAUCAAGUAUUAUUCAAUAGAUUCGUUACAUCUAUUAGACAUGCAUGUUCCGAUUUAUCAAAUCCAUCGAUUGAUAGAAGUGACAUUUUAACAUUAGCAACUACAAUUGCUAAAAAUACAUCAGCUUUAUGUAAUAUUUCACGUGAUGCAUCAUCAAAUACAACAAAUCUCACGGCUCGACGACGUUUUGUACAAUCAGCUAAAGAUGUAGCAAAUGCAACUGCAGAACUUGUUCGAACAAUAAAAAUAUUAGAUGGUUCAUAUACACAAGAAAGUCAUCGACAUUGUAUUGAAACAAGUCGCCCAUUGGUGCAAGCCAUUGAUGAACUUCAUUCAUAUGCAAUGUCAAAAGAAUUCGCUAGUAUACCACCAACGAUUAGUUCUGCUGGACGUCAAUUACAAGAACCAAUAUUAUCAGCUGCUAAAAAUGUAGUUGAUGGAGCAUGUCGAAUAGUUGAAUGUUCAAAAACAUUAAUAAUUAAUUCAAAAGAUGCCUCAUUGUGGCAACAACUUGCUACACAUACAAAAAGUGUAUCAGAAGCCAUUAAACGUUUAGCAACAUCGGUCAAAGAAAUGACACCUGGGCAACAUGAAUGUGAACGAGCCGUUGAAGAACUUCGAAAACUUUUUCAAGAAGUCGAUACAGCUAUCAUGAAUGUCGAUUCAUUACGGAAAACAGAUAAAUCUGUUGAGUUUCAUCAAGAACAAAUUUCAUCUAGUUCACAUUUUCUUACUGAACUCGUCAAUAGUAUUCGUCAUGCGGCAAAAUGUGAAGCUGAACGAAUUAAUUCUUAUGUGUCAAAAUUUAUAACCUAUUUAGAAUCAUUUCUCCACCAUACAAUUAAUUAUGUAUCAUACAUGGCACAUAGACAAGAAAAACUUCCACUAUUGGAACAGAGCAAAUCUCUUGUCGAAACAAGUUUGCAAUUGAUUUUAAGCACAAAAGAAUCAGGUGGAAAUGUUAAACAUAUUCAAUGGCAUAAAAUCGUUGAUAAUAAUAGUGAUUUACUAGUAAAAUUAAUCAAUAAUUUAGUUCAUACAAUUGAAGAACAAUCGUCAGCGAUUGGAACAAUGAAUGGCUUAUGUGAGAAUAUAUAUAAAUUAAUUUCAACAUUAGAUUCAACCAUGACAACGAAUCAAGGUCAUUUUAUUGACUAUCAAAGUCGUAUGACUGAAACUUUACGACAAAUUACAAAGACCAUUGAACAGAUACAUCAUUCAAGUGAUGUUGUCAAUUUAGCUAAUCAAUUAACGUGUCAAUAUAAUGAAUUAAUACAUGUUACCUAUGGUGCUAUGGGUACAGCAACAACCAAUGAUUUAGCCGUCCAUAUUAAAAAUAUUGUGAAAGAUUUAGGUUUAGUAUUUAUUGAAUUAAUUGAAAAAUUAGGACGAAAUAAUUCAAACAGUGAUUUGAAUAUUCUAUAUCGAAAACUUAUUGAAAAAAUUUCAUAUAUUUUAACUGUUUUGAGAGGUAGUGCACAUGGUAUCGAAGCUUGCAUUACUGCUGCCAGUGCCGUUAGUAGUAUUAUCACGGACCUGGAUACAACAAUUUUAUAUGCUAAUUCUGGUAGUUUAAAUUCGGAGCAUGUUGACGAAAGUUUUUCGGAUCAUCGUGAAGCGAUUCUAAAAACAGCAAAAUUACUUGUUGAAGAUACAAAAACGUUAGUUGCAGGUGCAGCAUCAUCACAAGAACAAUUAGCUCAAGCAGCUCAAGCAGCUGUACGCACGAUAACCAAGCUUGCUGCAGUUGUUAAAUUCGGUGCAGAGUCACUAGGCACUAAUGAUAAUGAAGCACAGAUAAUGCUCAUCAAUAGUAUUAAAGAUGUUGCUGUGGCGUUACAUAAUCUAAUGAACGUAACAAGAUCGGCUAGUGGAAAAAAUAUUAUGGAUCCUGAAAUGCAAAAAUUAAAAGAAAGCGCAAAAGUUAUGGUAACCAAAGUAACAUCAUUAUUGCGUACUGUUAAAUCAGUGGAAGAUAAAGCACAACGUGGAACACACGCUCUUGAAAGUACUGUUGAAUCAAUUUCACAAGAACUUCAAAAUUUUAAUAAUGGGCAAUUGUCACUAACGCGAACAUCGCCAGAAGAAUUAGUACAUGUGACCAAACAAAUUACAGUAGCAACAGCAAAAGCCGUAUCAGCUGGACAAUCCUGUCAACAAGAUGAUAUUACAAGUGCAGCAAAUAUGGGUCGUAAAUCAAUUACUGAUCUUUUAGUGAUUUGCAAAUCAACGGCUUGUUUAACAGAUGAUAAAAAUUUACAAAAAUGUAUAUUAGAUAAUGGUCGAACGUGCGUCGAGAACUAUAAAGAAUUGUUAGAAACCAUUCAUAUGUUAAUUCACAAUCCAUCAAACGAAACUAAGCAAAGAUUACUUAACUAUUCAAGAACAAUCAUGCAAUCAACACAAGAACUUGUUCGAUGUGCACAACAACUUAAGGGUACUGAUUUUAUUGAUCCCGAUGAUCCAAGUUAUAGAGCAGAAAAUGAAUUACUUUAUGCUGCUCAAUCGAUCGAAUCAGCAGCAAAGAAAUUAUCCUCUCUGAAACCACGCCGAAAAGUUCAAGAAGUCAAUGAAAAUCUUAAUUUUGAUGAACAAAUCCUUGAAGCAGCGAAAUCCAUCAUGAAUGCAGCUGGCGCAUUAAUUACUGCUGCAACACUAGCUCAAAAAGAACUGGUGGCUCAAGGAAAACUUUCAUCUAAAUCAAGUUCAGAUGCACAUGGUCAAUGGUCUGAAGGUUUAAUAUCAGCUGCAAGUUAUGUGGCAUCGGCGUGUCAUGUUUUAUGUGAUGCUGCCAAUGAACUUGUUCAAGGUCAUGGUACUGAAGAAAAAUUAAUAUCGAGUGCAAAACAAGUCAGCUCAAAUACGGCUGCAUUACUUGUUGCUUGUAAAGUCAAAGCUGAUUUCAUGAGUCAAUCGAUGACACGUUUACAAAAUGCUGGUAAUGCUGUCAAACGAGCAGCUGAUACAUUGGUACGAUCUGCACAACAGGCGGCUGAUAUGAAACAAGAAGAUCAAUCUUUUGAAGUUUCAACAAGUUUAGUUACAGGUAUAGCACAAGAAAUCAAAUGUAAAGAAGCAAUCUUAACAAAAGAACGUGAAUUAGAUGAAGCACGAAAUCGACUUAAAGCAAUACGUUUAGCUAAAUAUGGUCAUAAUGAACAAGAAUCCAACGACAGUACAUAA